AUGACGAGCGUGUUUCGAGUGGAAACAGAAACAGAUCCGACAAGCAGAACAUUUGUACAAGGCGGUUCGGAUGAAACAAAGGUCGUGUUGUGUGAUCCACGGGGCUUCUACAAACUGCGGGAAUCAACUCGAAAGCAUUGUUUGGAAGCAGCGAAAGCCGGCAUGAUACACUUUCACAAUACAACCACCUUACUCCAGUAG